CCUGAAUACAAACCCCCAACCGUACAUCACGGAGGCCCUUUCUUCGCGGAUCUCCCUCUGUACACAGUGGAAGUGACACUCCGAUCUCUCUGCAGCGACGGUCAAGAUGGCCAAGAAAAAGAGGAAGAACAACAAGAAUCAGGGACCUUCUCAACAGGCCGGCCCGAGUACCACCUCCAACUCCAACGACCGAUGCAGCUGGUGGAACCAGUUCUCGGGCUUCACGCCCAACCCCUACGCCGGCGUCGCAAAGGAGUUUGACCGCCUUGCGGAGUUCAUGGGCUGGACAGGCAAGGAAUUUAGGAAGCGUAAGACAGAGGCGUACGAGGCCGAGUUCAACUUCCACUUUGUCCAUGGGAAGUCCAAGUUGGAGACGUGGCGGGAGCUGUGUGCGGAGGUGGGCGUGGAGUCCGGGGGGAGCAUCACGCAGUGCAAGAAGAAUCUGAAAGGUGUCCUGAUCAAUAUCGUCAACCUGCUCAAUCACCGGCGGAAUCCUGCCGUGACUCUCAUCAAGUUUGCAACAUUCCGCCAGUUUCGGGACUCUACGAUGAGGUCGGGGAAUAUGAUUAAUCGGGAGAUGGCUAAGGAGGAUGGGUUUCUGAGAGUGUUUCUGAGGGUGCUGAGGGGAAAAGCGUAG